AACCAGUCUGGCUUUAUGCAUGAAUGGGUUGCUGCACCCACAAACUCGCACUCCACUUCAUUGUGGUUUGAUUGCGGUGCAGAGCUAGACGUGUUUCAUAAACUGCUCGGGUUUUUACGACGAACAACGAAGUUCCACUUACCUGAAACAUGGCCGGUUCCAUGACUCCUGGAAAAAAGCAAGCAUGCAAAGACGCUUUCAAGCAGUUUGAUAAGAAUGGCGACGGCAAGAUCAGCACAGACGAGCUGAAAGCCGUAGGCAAGGUGCUCAACCGGGACUUCUCCGAUGCUGACGUCAAGCAAAUGAUGGAAGCUGUCGACACAAAUAAGAGCGGCUUCGUUGAGUACGACGAGUUUGAGAAAUUGAUGAUUGCGCAGGAUAAAAAGAUGAUGGAGGGGGUGGCGGAGUCCUUCAAACAGAUCGACAAGGACGGCAGUGGUUUUAUCACACUGGACGAGAUGGACGCGCUGUUCAAAGGCCUGGGAGUUACUUUGACUCAGAAGGAGCUGAAGCAAGAAAUGGCUAAAGUGGAUCUGAACAAGGACAACAAAAUUAGCUUGGCAGAGUUCAAGAAAAUGAUGGAGGAUCUGUAGACAACCGAUUUGGAAAAGCCGCACCAACGCAAAAAAACGUGGUCAUACACUCAAGAUGGCGAACAUUAAUAAACAGGCAGUAGACUAGAAAAAUCAAACAUGUUUUUGACAGAACAGAAUGUUUGUAUUUUUGUAUUUAAUUAAUCUAAAUAUAGAAUCCUUGAUAAAAUUGUUCAGGUUAAAAAGGUGGCCUAAUUUUGUUCAGUGGACUACCGGGGAGUGUCAGGGGGUCUAAACCCCUUCUUUGGCCACAUACAUAGGGGAAUCGUGCAGAAGAAUGCAGCAAAUGCCUGCUACCCCCUUUUUGGCAGUUAAACCUCCCUCGUGAUCUUACCCUGGAUCCGCUCAUGUUAUCAUAAUGUAUACGCUUUUUGUUUAAAUGGUAAGCACAAUUUUAGGCCCCUAUUUAGAAGAUGCAUUUGGGUGCUUUGGUACUUUUUAUAAGGGGCAGUUUUUCAUAAAAUGAACUCUAUAGACUUUUAAGACUUCCUUGGCUAUUCAGAGUGAUCACACUACUAACUGCUUCAACAUAAAUAACAAACCACAUCACGUGUCAUCACUGACAGACAAGUUAACCAUUCUUGUGAAAAAUGCAUAAGCCUUUCCCCAACUGUUGUUGGAGCAUGUGUACAAUGUUGAAUAUCUUAACAGUUCUUGACUCUUUUUUUUAUAACUAUAUGGCUUCUCAUAUUUGCAAACUUAUGUACUGAAGAUGUAAACAGAGGCACAGUGAUAUUUUGCUGCUUUUCAAUGGUGAUAAUUUUUGUUUCAACUUUAGAAUAAAUUAUGUUCUGCUUUUUAGAAUUGAGCCUUUUCUGAGGUCCACAAAGUUGACAUUAUAUGCGAAAAACACAAGCUCCUUUCCUAUAUGAUUGACAUUUAAAAAAAAAUAGCCCUUGCUUUACAGAGAACUACCCAAACUUAACUCAAAGGUUUCAAUGAACCAAUUAGUUCAGCUGUAACAUUCAAUGAACGACAGGUGUUCGUAAAUAUGAAAGAAAUACCACUUUGGUGAUUCAGUGGACUCACGAUGAACUUGUACUAAACAAAUAAUUAACUGACCCUAAUCCAACUCUCCUGCUCCAUAAUAUCUGAAUGGGUCUACGAACCGUUGUAUACUUAUAGAUCUCUACCUAAUAUAUUUAAUAAAAAAAGACAUAUAGAUGUCAAUCGGUGUCUUGCUGGA